AUGCUCGUCGCGACGCCCCCUGCGGGACCCGCGGGGCGCCGUCCGAUCCUGGAGCACCAGCCGCCGCCGGCCUGCAGCAGCAGACGCCGCCGCCCUGCAGCAGCAGCCGCCGCCGGGCCUGCAGCAACAGACGCCGCCGCCCUGCAGCAGCAGCCCCGCCGGGCCUGCAGCAACAGACGCCGCCGCCCUGCAGCAGCAGCCGCCGCCAGAGCCUGCAGCAGCAGCCGCCGCCAGAGCCUGCAGCAGCAGCCGCCGCCAGAGUCUGCAGCAGCAGCCUCCGCCAGAGCCUGCAGCAGCUGCCGCCACCGAUCCAACAGUAGCAGCCGCCGCCGCUCUGCCGCAGCAGCCACCGCCGCCUUGCAGCAGCAGCCGCCGCCAGGCCUGCAGCAGCAGCCGCCAGGCCUGCAGCAGCAGCCGCCGCCAGAGCCUGCAGCAGCAGCCGCCGCCAGAGCCUGCAGCAGCAGCCGCCGCCAGAGUCUGCAGCAGCAGCCGCCGCCAGAGCCUGCAGCAGCAGCCGCCGCCAGCGCCUGCAGCAGCUGCCGCCCCUGGACCCGGUACGCCCUGUGCUGCCCGUGCCUGUGCUGCCCGUGCCUGUGCUGCCCGUGCCUGUGCUGCCCGUGCCUGUGCUGCCCGUGCCUGUUGCUGCCCGUGCCUGUGCUGCCCGUGCCUGUGCUGCCCGUGCCUGUGCUGCCCGUGCCUGUGCUGCCCGUGCCUGUGCUGCCUGUGCCUGUGCUGCCCGUGCCUGUGCUGCCCGUGCCUGUGCUGCCCGUGCCUGUUGCUGCCCGUGCCUGUUGCUGCCCGUGCCUGUGCUGCCCGUGCCUGUGCUGCCCGUGCCUGUUGCUGCCCGUGCCUGUGCUGCCCGUGCCUGUUGCUGCCCGUGCCUGUGCUGCCCGUGCCUGUUGCUGCCCGUGCCUGUGCUGCCCGUGCCUGUGCUGCCCGUGCCUGUGCUGCCCGUGCCUGUGCUGCCCGUGCCUGUGCUGCCCGUGCCUGUGCUGCCCGUGCCUGUUGCUGCCCGUGCCUGUGCUGCCCGUGCCUGUGCUGCCCGUGCCUGUGCUGCCCGUGCCUGUGCUGCCUGUGCCUGUGCUGCCCGUGCCUGUGCUGCCCGUGCCUGUGCUGCCCGUGCCUGUUGCUGCCCGUGCCUGUUGCUGCCCGUGCCUGUGCUGCCCGUGCCUGUGCUGCCCGUGCCUGUUGCUGCCCGUGCCUGUGCUGCCCGUGCCUGUUGCUGCCCGUGCCUGUGCUGCCCGUGCCUGUGCUGCCCGUGCCUGUUGCUGCCCGUGCCUGUGCUGCCCGUGCCUGUGCUGCCCGUGCCUCUUGCUGCCCGUGCCUGUGCUGCCCGUGCCUGUGCUGCCCGUGCCUGUGCUGCCCGUGCCUGUUGCUGCCCGUGCCUGUGCUGCCCGUGCCUGUGCUGCCCGUGCCUGUUGCUGCCCGUGCCUAGUGCGCUCUGCUACUGUCUGCGCCCCCGUUUCCGGCUGUCGCUGA